AUGAUGAUCCCGAGGGGUAUUUUGGUGUUGUUGGUCUUCACAUUCCGUGUCAGCGUCUUGGCCAAGUAUAGCCGUGGGAUCAUCGCUUCCACUAACGAGAAUCUCCCCUGGUCCUACCUCGAUCGCUUCUGCUUCGUCUCCGAGCUUGGCAACCUCAACUUUACGAUAAAGUAUCCAAGCGACCUCGGUAUCCAGAGUCUCCUACUGUACUACGAUACCUCGGAUCAAUGGGACGCGGUGUACGACACAAACCUGACCUGCGAGCAACGGGUGGCGCGACUCGACCCGGAAAACAAUCAGCAGAUCCGUCUGACACCAAUCGGCGACGAGUUUUGGGACCCGACAACACGUUGCGUCUUUGAGGAGCACGACGCCUUGCAAUGGACAGUAUGCCGAGGAAAUCGUCGUUUUGUGUCGCGCCGAGCCAGAUGGUGGUACUUAGCCGUUUCCAAUUGCGAGCCGGGGUCCCAACGCGGCAAUUCUUCCAUGAACUUCAUCAAUUCCAAUUCGAAUUCUUCCAGUUCCUCGAAUUACAGUGACAUCGAAAUGGGCUAUGGAAUUUAUGCAGACUACACCCUCGAGAUGACAAACGGAGACCCGAACGACCUAUUCUUUUACCACUUCUCUGCCGAUGAAUUUUAUAUUCUCCCCGUCAAUGUCACUUUUUUGCUCCUUGAAACUGUGUUACUCCUGAUGUCGAUGGCUGUAUCAUGUGCCUUAAAAUCGCGAAAUUUGCUACAUCAAACCUUCAAACUCUAUCAAUUUUCAAUCGUGCUCGAAUGCGUUUCAUUAUUUUUCUUAUCAUUUGCGUACUACCUGUAUGCUCUCAAUGGAUUCGGGAUCAACCAGUUAAAACAAAUGGGCAUGUUUAUGAGAGGCUUUCAAACUUCACUUUUCCUCCUGUUACUACUUCUAAUUGCCAAGGGCUAUACGAUCACCAGAGGCCGUCUCUCCGCUUCGUCAAUAUGCAAAUUGGUGUCAUUUAUCUUUAGUUACAUGGUCGUCUACAUUGCCAUGUUUUUCUAUGCGCAAAAAAUGUUUGACUCGGCAAAGGUGACGUACGUCUCGGAGUCGAUGCCCGGUUAUUGUCUGGCUGGAUUGAGGAUAAUAGGGUGGUUAUCGUACGCAUUUUCUUCCAUCACGACCGCGAAUAAAUACCCUGGAAAGCGUGGCUUCUAUAGUGUCAUGGGCGCACUAAUGACAUUAUGGUUUCUCAUGGGCCCAAUCUCGAUUCUUAUCGCAAAUUUUGUGAUGGAUAAAUGGGUGCGGGAAGAAGUGGUGAAUCUUGUGGAAUGCUGUGUAACUUUCUACGGAUUUUUCGUUUUUAUGGUCCUCACCUGGCCGUCUGCAGCCAAUCGAAAUUUCCCGUUCCACGUGCGCACCACCCAGAUUGGCGACAGUUAUCCCGGGGAUUUCCCGCAAAACAAUUAUGAGGCGCGUUACACCAAAAAUGAGGAAAACGGUGACCCGACGACCCGAAACGAGCACAUCCAUUUGAGCAUGGACAACAACCCGCGGGGUAUAGCUUCAAACCGAGAGGAUCUUGACCUAACCCCUCGGGAA